GUAUCUCCCCUUGGCAGCGUGCUGACCUGGCUAUAGCGCCUUUGACCAUCACCUAUAUGCGGGAGCAGGUCAUUGACUUCUCUAAGCCAUUCCUCAACCUAGGGAUCAGUAUCCUCUUCAAGAUGCCCCGGGGAGAGAAGCCUGGUCUCUUCUCCUUCCUCAAUCCUCUGGCUGUGGAGAUCUGGCUCUACGUCAUUGGUGCCUAUCUUACCGUGAGUUUCACCAUCUUCAUCUUGGCUCGGUUCAGCCCGUACGAGUGGUACAACCCACACCCUUGUAACCCAGACACCGACGAGGUGGAGAACACAUUUGACCUGUCAAACAGUUUCUGGUUCACCGUGGGCACCCUCAUGCAGCAAGGAUCUG